AUGGAUAGACAAUCAGCAAGUAAGACAACAUUGUCAACAUCAAUACCAUAUCCAUUAAAUUUUGAUAAUCAAAAAUUUGGAGAAAUGUAUAAGGCAUAUAAUAAGAUUAUGAUUUUGGCACGUGAUUUGAAUACUCAGAUCGAUGUGCCAGAAUUUGUUUUUGUUGGCAAGGAUGGACAUGGCAAGAGUUCAUUGAUUGAAUCAUUUGUAGGAUUUCCAUUGGGUGAUGUCGGUGCCAAUCUUAGACCACUCGUCAUCCAUAUGGUGAAUAACCCACAAAAUGAGCGUCCCGUGGUGACAAUCAAACGUGACCGAUUUUUAAAGGGGUUCGAAGUGGACAAGGUCAUUGAUUUGGCCGAGUUGCCCAAGGAAUUGUCACGUCGCAAUCGUCUGCGCGCGUUCCGUAAGACUUCGGAUGAGCAAUUGGCCAAGCUCAAGGGCCAGCUCGACGCCAUGACCGCCGGCCGCCUGCGUGUGGUCGCGUCCAACUAUGUGAUGGAGUUUUUGCAGUCGAUCGAGAAACUCAUCGUCGGCACGCUUGAGGGUAACCCAUCGCUCAACGGCCAAACUUUGGCCGAGGAAAAGCAACAAGAAGAGACGGGCGAAUGGCAUGACCACAACCACCGCCCAAUCCACUUUGACGCCAAGACUUGGAACGUGCCAUUCCACGAGAGCAAGGUGUAUGGAGGACAACAGUUUGAGCGUCUCCUCGCCGAAUUCAAGAGUGUCUGUGAACGUGUCGAGCUUGGCGAGUUGGCCGACGACGAAGUGGCCGUUGCACUCGGUUCCAACAAACCAACCAACGUGUCUAUCCUCGCGUGGGCAGCCAGCGACAUUGCACAAAAAAAGAGUUGUCAGCUGCUCGAACCACUUGUCAACCAGUUGUUUGUCCGUGCCGUCUAUAUCCUGCGUCGUCUUGUUGAUGUAGUCGACCGCAUGAUUGAAAACAAACGUCGACUCCAAAUUCGUCGUGCCACAUCUUCCCCUCAAUUUGAAAGUUCACCCCUCACCCUACAAUCCCUGCGUACUCUUCCCUCCAACCUUCCCGGGUCAUCCCAAGUAGGCAGUGGUCAUAUGGGUCACCAUCACCAAUCCUCAUCAUCAUCCUCCUCUACCAACCUAAUCAACACCGAUGACCAUCCAUACUUUAUUCAUAGUAUUAGAGAGAUGUAUUUUAGAUUCAUUGAUCAUGUUGCCCAACAAUGUAAAUCUAAAUGUUUUGAUGAAUUUUAUAGUACUCGUUUAAUUUAUUGGGAUCAUCAACAAUCUGACAACAAUAGUACCAAUAGUAACAAACAAUCAUUACCAUCUUCUCCAUCACUAAAUUCACUUUCAUCAACUUCUUCAAAUCAUUCUACUUUGUCACAAUUUGAAGAUGUUAAAUUGGAGAAUAUAUUCAAAAUGAUGGCACCAUCAUCACCAUCUUUACAAGGACGUAAAGCUAAUGUUGUAACAUCAGACGAGACCAACAAGAUUGUUAGUAAAUUGGCCAACAAAAUGUUUAGAGAUACUAGAUCACGUAUCAUCAAGAAUGUCAUGUUAAAGUGUUACAACUUCUUCCUCAUCCCAAUGCAAUCUGAACUAUGGGGAGAAGUACAAGGUAAAAUCACAAUACUCUCUGACCAAAUGCUAGAGGAAUUGUUUGAAACUUCAGUCACCAAGGAUCGUCUCAAAGAAGAUGAACGUCAUCUCAACCUUGUAUCCUAUCAAUUUGCUCAACAAGAAGAUCAUUUCUUAUUAGCUGCUAAUACUUUUGCUCAUCCAAUUUAUAAUUAA